AUGAUUGUCACUAAGCUCUUUACUCUUUCUCUUCUGACCUCGACCGCUCUUGCGUCGGGUGCUACCAUCAUCGCGGCCAUGGGCGUCAUUUCUGAUACCACUACGGCCCUCGACAACGCCGUUACAGCUUGGGACGGAAGUCUUGACGGAACGACUGCUAUUGUCGUCCUUUCAGACCAGCUUCUUUCCGACACUGGAGAUGGCACUUCCGUCGCCGAGGCCUCGGACGAGCUUAGCCUCACUGAGGCUAUCAAUGUUGCAACUGCGACGAACUCCCUCGGCGCUGUUGUUGAAGCCGCUCUCGACACCAUCGUUGAUGCAAAGUCCAAGUUCGACGCCUUGGGUGUGAGCUCUGUGAUCUUGCAGACUCUUCAGUCACAGAAGGCUGCUACAGAGACAUUUUCCGAUGCCGUUAUUGCGAAAGUGCCCGCAAUUUUGCAGGCCACUGCCGAAAGCCUGGUUCAGCCUAUUCUUGAUGCUUUUGAUGACGCAAUUGCGGCAUAUUCGUCCUGA